AUGAACAUUCCAUGGAAAAAAAUCUACUGGUGGCUAGAAAUGCUAGUUCCUAUCAUCAUUGCAUUUCCAUUCAUGUUCAAGUUCGUUUACAUUGACAAGAAUCGUCCGAGUGCCGGACCUUGUUUAGCUGUCACAAUUAUCACUGCUGCCUACUGGAUUUUUGAACCAAUUCCAAUCGUUAUCACUGCAUUCAUCCCGAUCUUCCUUCUUCCGUUCUUUACCGUAUCAACGGGCCCUAAGAUCGCUGCAUCCAUGUUUACUGAUACUUCUAUUGUCUUCAUUGGCGGUUUUAUUUUCUCAAUUGCGAUGGUUAAAUGGAACCUCCACUCCAGAAUUGCAUUGAAAACAGUUUGUAUCUUUGGACUUAGACCAAAUAUACUCUUAUUUGGUAUUCUAGUAGUUACAACUCUUCUUUCGUUCUGGAUCUCAAACACUGCAUGUGCACUGACAAUGACUCCGAAUGCAAUUGCGAUCAUCACAAAGCUUGAAGAGAUUACUGGAGAUCCAGAAGCGAUUGCUCCUUUCGGAAAGGCACUUCUAUUGAUGAUUGUCAUGACAUGCUCAGCUGCUGGUAUGAUUACACUUAUUGGAACUCCUCCAAACCUUAUCUUGGCACAGACAGUUCAAAAUCUUUUCCCAGGUGCCACAGAAAUCGGUUUCGCACAGUUCAUGUUCGUUUCUCUCCCUGUAUCAAUGGCUAUGCUGAUCCCAUUGUACAUCUUCUUCGUCAUUUUCUACACAAGAAAAGUUAAAAUCCCAGAUAGUGUUACAGCCGAUGAUUUCAAGAAGUCUUACGAGAAACUCGGAAAGUGGUCUCCAGCUGAAAUCAUUAUUACCGUCAUGUUCUGCAUUCUUGCUUGCAUGUGGCUCUUCAGAUCAAACAUCGACUUCGGAAAGUCAACAAUGAAGGGCUGGUCAACACUCAUUUACGGUAGCAAGGGCUCUUCAUACAUCAAGGAUGGUACAAUCGCCAUUUUCCUCGCUAUUCUCUUCUACAUCAUCCAUGUCCCACCUCCUCCGGAGAAAAAGGAAGGUGAAGACGAAGUAGAUCUCGAACUUCGUGCAAAAACAUCAACAACAAACCAGCACCGUAAUAAUGAAGAAGAAGACGGUGAACUCGACAACGUAAACGAUACUCCAGAAGAAGACAUCGAACAACUAUCAAUCACUGAUUCAGCCGAGCCACAAAAAGAAGAGAAAAAGUGGGUUCCAAUUUUGGAUUGGGAAUACACCCAACAAAAGAUGCCAUGGACCAUUCUCUUCUUGUUCUCUGGUGGCUUUGCUCUCAACCAAGGCUUCACCGAUUCAGGUUUGGAUGUCUGGAUCGGCGAAAGAUUGGGAGGCCUCACAAACAUGUCAUUAUAUCCACUCGUUCUUGUUAUUACAUGCACAACAAUCUUAAUGACAAAUAUUGUCGCUUCAAAUACAGCUGUCGCCAACAUUUUACUUCCGAUUGUCGCAUCUGUCGCUAAAUCAUCAGGAAAAAUACAUCCAUUCCUUCUCAUGUUCCCAAUAGCUUUCGCUUGCUCGUACUGCUUCAUCAUGCCAGUCGCUACUCCGCCAAAUCUUAUCGCUUACUCUACAGGAAGACUGAAAACACUCGACUUCAUCAUCGUCGGAACAUUCCUUACUGUGGUGGCAAUCAUAGUCGUUCCACCGCUUUGCGUCUGGAUUAUUCCUCCAGUUUUCAAUGCUGGUGAAUUCCCGGCUUGGGCUAAUGCGUCCUCGUCUACAAGUUAG